AUGGCCACCUUGACCCCGGUCCCCGUCACCCUCCGCGAAGACGAGAUACCAAGCAAACAGAGCAUCCGAGACAUCAUCGGUACAUUCUUGACCAAAGAAUGGCGCUUUGUGGACCCAGAAACCCUCAGCAUAUCCUAUCAUCCAUCUUUUGCCAACGCCCACUGUCCCGUCGAGCGACCGCAUCCGACAACGGGUGUGCCCGCAGAGCCCUUGAAAGUCUUCAUCAAGUUCCACAAAAGUACCACCGGCUGUCUCGAAAUCUUCAACAGUCUAGUUCCGAGUAAGCAGGAAGAAGCAAUCUUGUGUCAUGAGUACGGCCAAUCUGGGUUGGGGGCGCAGGUCUUUGGUUUCUUUCAGACACAGGAUGGCACGCUGGGGCGAAUUGAUGAGUUCCUCGAUGCGCGAAAUAUGGAACCUGGAGACGUCGAAGAUCCUUCCAUUAGGGCAGAUGUUGCCAGCGGAAUGGCUACAUUCCAUGUCUUGCAGGCAUCAUUGGAGAAGAAGACUGUGGGGGAGUACUAUGAUGCCGUUUUCAAUGGUCUCAGGACCUACCAUGGGAUGACAAAACUGAAGAAACUUGGCAGAGAAGGGGGUGUCAACAUGGAUGAUCUAGUUGACUACGACUUUGCAUCACGGUUGAGGAAGAUCGUUCGCCGAUUGGAAGAAAUAGGAGGAAAGACCGGAUGGUGUAUCCAUGACGUCCAAUUCAUGAACACUAUGAUCAAAAAUGCACCCGAAGAAGGGAGCAAAGUUGUUCUCAUUGAUUUCGAAUUCAAGAUGUUCAAGUGGUUUGAUGAGGAGAACAAGAUUGCAAAUUGCAAAAAAUACACCGAGGAUGAAAAGAUGCACUUUUGUCAGGUCUAUGCUGCGCAGUGGAACAAAUUGACGGGUGAUUCUGAUACUGGGGCACAGGUGUUUCUGGAAUCUGAGUAUGGAUACAUGCUUGCGAUUACUUUUGACAUUCACAAUAUGUUGUGUUUCAUGGAAGCUGAGGAUGACAAAGAUCCAUUGAAUCUUCUUGGUCUCCGCAAGUUGUUCGAUGAGUUCAUGGGUCAAUAUAUCAAGCUUGGACUGGAAGGCAUCUGA